AUGCCUCCCGCGCGAACGAACAAGAGAAACUCUGAUGAGAUGGAGCAGCAGUCGACGAUGUCACAGAGACAAAUGGUUUCGGCCAAGGCUAGCACGCCUCCAAUGCUGAGCAGCAGCCCGAGCAAGCGGCAAAGACUUGGAAUCUCCCUGGAGCAAAAACAGGCAAUCAUCGAUAACCUGCAGUUGGAGAUCACCGAUCGCGCCAGGCGACUGCGCGCGCAAUACAACCAGCAGGCACAAACCCUUCGAUCACGGAUCCAGAUGCGCGUCAAUCGUGUUCCCAGAGCCAUGUUGAAGAUGACCAUGGCCGACCUGGUGGCUAGAGCCAUCGAACAACAGAAACGUCUUGAGGCCGCUUCGCGUCCGCCACCUGUUCCCGAGAAGGACUUCCCACCACGGGGGAGCCCGCAUAAGCUGGCACCGCCAGCCCGCCCUGCCAAGCGUUUGAGCGAUGCUAUCGCGGGCGGAGACAAGGAAAACGAGCAAAUUCUCAACCCCAAGAAGAAGCACCGUGCUGCCCCAGCGCCAUUGAGUUCGUCGCAAGUCCUGUCGCCCACCUCAUCCAACACCCGAUCGCUGGCACGCGAGCGACCGCCUUCCUCGCCGUCGAAAUCCUCCCAGAUUGCGCGACCGACGUCGUCUCCCGUUAAGCAACAUAACAGCGCCCGGUCAGCUCUGUCGAGUAUGGUGGAGAAGGCGAAGAAGACUAGUCGCACAGCUCCCUCGCGUCCUUUGAAUGCAUCAACGGCCAGCUCGAACGCAUCGGCGCCUGCACCUGCUACGGGAACGGCGCCUCCCACACGAACGCGACGAGCCAACACAACCACAGCAGCUAAAGCUCCGUCACGACCUGGAACGCGGACGGGCAAGCGAGUCAGCGACUCGAGUGAGGGCAGCACCGGAACAGUAGUCAAGAAGACAGCAGCAGGAGCACCCGCGAAGAGAACCGUAAUGGGCACAAUCAGAAAGGGAGUUGGCGCAGCAACUGCCAGGAAGCCCGCAGCGCCCAAGUCGGCUCCGGCAUCUGCGGCGAGUACCACUAGAGUAUUGCGGAAAAGGGGUUAG